CAAAAAGGGACUGCAGCAAUUAUUGCCCAGUUUGUCAAUUUGCCAAAUCUCGCCAGAUUAAUUAAAUCAUUUCCCCCUAAAUUUUAAUUACAUGCUUUCAGAUCUGUUGAGGUGACGGAUCCAAUUCCCAGAGUGAGCUAAAAGUCUGUAACAAGAGAUGAGACGGGUUCAGCAGAAUGAAGUAACGAAGUCUUCCACAAGAGAAAUUGAUGCAGAGAAGGUGGAACUAGUGACUAAAGCAGAUACUGAGAAAAAAGUUGCAAGAAUCUUGGAGCUCAUAAAGAAUGAAAGCCAAAGCAGAAAACGUGGGGCAAAGAACUCAAAGAGAGAUUCGGAACUUGUUGGGCUCGUUGAGGACUUCCUACGACAGUAUCAGUCGCUCUAUGCACAGUAUGAUAAUCUUAUGCGGGAACGAGAUAAAAAUGAUACCAGAAGAAGCAAGAGAGACAAUUCUCCGUCCACCUCCAGCUCCGACUCUGAAUAUUUUUCUUCUGAGGAUGUCGAUAACAACUCAGGAGAAUCAAGGCAUGAUCGACUGGCGGCAAAAACUGUUCCUCAAAAGCUUGAGGAUGAUAACAAGGAAAUGAUCAUCCUAAGGAAUCAUUUGGCAUCUAUCAGGAAAGAGAGAGAAACUUUGAGUACAGAGCAUAUGGCCGCCCUGAGCAAGAUCAAGGAAUCGGAGAAUGUUAUCAAUGAUCUGAGGGUAGAAGUGAGUGAGAGGAAGAGAGAACUGUCGACUCUUUCAAAGAAGCAUCAAGUUCUAGAAGUUGAAGCAUCGCUGAGGACAAAGGAGUUGGAGGGACAGAUAGGUGGCUUGAAAUCUGAAUUACAGUCUCUGCGCUGCCACAAAAGUGAUUUAGAAGCGGAGAAUGUUAUCAAAGAUCUGAGGGUAGAAGUGAGCGAGAGGAAGAGAGAACUGUUGGCUCUUUCAAAGAAGCAUCAAGUCCUAGAAGUUGAAGCAUCGCGGAGAACAAAGGAGUUGGAGGGACAGAUAGGUGGCUUGAAAUCUGAAUUACAGUCUCUGCGCUGCCACAGAAGUGAUUUAGAAGCAGAGAAUGUUAUCAAAGAUCUGAGGGUAGAAGUGAGCGAGAGGAAGAGAGUACUGUCGACUCUUUCAAAGAAGCAUCAAGUCCUAGAAGUUGAAGCAUCGCGGAGGACGAAGGAGCUGGAGGGACAGAUAGGUGGCUUGAAAUCUGAAUUACAGUCUCUGCACUGCCACAAUAGUGAUUUAGAAGCAGAGAUUCAAAGCCAAGCUAGUGAAGCCAAACAGCUGAAACUGGAAAAUGAAGAGCUUCAAGCUCGCAUUAUGGAACUUGAACUCAUAUCUGAAAGCAAAGAAAUUGAGAUGUCUGAUCUCCUAAAGAAACUUGACAACAACGAGAACAGUGCAAAGUCUAGAUUUGCAGAGUUGGAGGAACAAGUCAGGAAUCUGCAAAUGGAGGCGAGAUCUCUGCAUGUUGAGAAAUGCACGAUGGAGGAAACUGUGCAACGUCUACAGAACAAACUACUUGCUAACGAAAAGGAUUUAGAUCAGAUUAACACUCUGAAUGAAGAAGUCAAGCUCCUGGAAAGCCAGAUAGCUAAGUUUCAAGAAAGGGAAGCAGUAAUCGAACAAAACUUGAUUCGAAUACGAACUCUUGAAGAAGAAUUAGCAAGUACUUUUGAAGAAAAAGAAAGAGUAUCCGAGGAGAACAACUGCCUUGCCGCACAGGUCAAGGACAUGAAGCUAAAAAUGGAUGCUCUGUCUGCGAGGGAAAAUGAUCUGCUAGAGCAGAUAAGGAACCACGUCCACGAGACCAAUCAGUGUAGAGAGGAAAAGGAGGAAUUGGAGGUCAGGUUUGUCGAAUUGGAAAGCAAAUCGAUAGAAAGGGGAAACGAGCUCUCGGCUCUGCAGGAGAAACUUAAGGCCGAUGGGGAUGCGUACUCUUCACAUAUCUCGGCCUUGACAGUCCGAGCUAAGAAAUUGCAAGAGGAUGUCAAUUCCUUGCUGGCCCUGAAGAGGCAGUUGGAGUUGCAUAACGAGAAAGACAGACAAGAAUCUUCGCCAAGGUUCAACGUUGUUCUGAAAGAUAGCAAGUCGAGCGAGCAGGAAGUUAUUACUCCUCGCAGGAUGGCCAGGAAAUAUAGACAAGCUAGGAGUUCGUUGCAAGAACCGAUGGAUGCUCAGUUCCUAGAAAGGAGAAUGGAAGAAUUGGCAGACGAGUUUCGCAUGCACUUUGAAGAUAACGUGCGCCUGAUGAGCCAACGUAUCCUGGUCUUGGAGCAGCUACAUAUGGAGAACAAGGAUAGCUACAAGAUGAUGAAAGAGAGGUUCCAGCGAGAGCACGGAGCACUCAAGGAUCGGUCCUACAUCUUCAAAGCUGAGAUGGGGAAGAUAGCGGACGCUUCGCGGACGGUGAGCAAUGCACUUCACCGGUUGGACUUGAUAGUCUCGAAAUUCGGCGAGCAAAAUGGGAACGUUUUAAGCCGCAUGUCGAAAGUCUCGAAGGAGAUCCAAUGCCUGCGAAACAAGGUUUCAGGGACAAAAGACAAAGUAAGAUGUGUGACAAGCGACGCUAUCCAUCAAAUAUCCGCAGUGGACACCAAAGCCAUGAAGAAUGUUGUACUUAGUGAGGAGAGCUGGGCUUUAAUGGCAAAAGUAGACGAUGAGGGCAUGGAAAAGAUGCUUAUGAUGAAGGCCGUUGAUCGACUCGAGAAGAGGGUGGCGGAACUAGAGAACAUUGCGAAGGUAAGGGAAGAAGUGUUGUUUGGGCUUGUGGAUGAGAAAAAGGAGGCCAUCAGGCAACUGUGUCUCUCGAUCAACUAUUACCGAGAUCGCUGUCUUCAAUACCGGGAGGUGAUCUCGAAGAUUGCUGCUAGCAGGAGGCGCUGCCUUGCUUUCGACGGACUAGUUCGGCGUCCGCAAUCUGCGCGAAUCGAAUCGGUUGAGGCUGCUCGAGGAAGGCUGACGAGAUUGAAGGAGAUCGAGUCAGGAGACAUGACUAAACAUCGAUUCAGAGAUUCGAUAAAGUCCUUAUUCGGGAGUCAUAUUGAUCCGGAGGAGGGGGAACAGCUGAAAGGAACUAAAUCAGAAAUUGAGGCCAAAGUGAAUAGGAUCUUGAAGCUUAUCAGAGAUGAACAUCCUGAAGAAGACAACCAGGAUCCAGCUGGGGACUCUAAAAGAAGAUCGCUUGAAGAGUUAGUGAGCGAAUUCCACAGAAAAUAUCAGUCCCUGUAUGAACGAUAUGAUUCUCUCACAGCAGAGCUCAGGAAAAAGGUUAGUAGCAAACGAAGUAACGAUGGACCUUAUUCAUCAAGCUCUGAUUCAGACUCAGACUCAGAUCACUCCUCAAAGAAAGGCAGUAAAAAUGGGCAAUUAGAAAAUGAUUGGGAAAAAAUCACAGCUGACAUGAAGCAAGAACUUGAAACAGCAAAUCUAGAAGUUGCUGACUUGAAGAGGAAGUUAACAAGCAUGACAGAAGAGAGAGAAAGUCUGCAGUCUGAGUGCCAAGUAGCUUUGAGCAAGGUACAAGAAGCAGAAAACAGUAUCCAGGAGUUGAACAUCAAAGCUGAAAGGUUAGAGGAGGAAAGAUCCAAGCAUUUUGCUGACAACCAGAAACUGACUGAAAAACUGGAAAUGCUUGGUAAGCUUGAAGUAGAACAAAAACAAAGACUGGAGGACACGACAGUUGAGAAAGAGACCUUGAUCACAGAGAGAGAGGCUGCUCUGAAAAAGAUUGAAGAGGGAGAAAAAAAUACCACUGACUUGAGAAACUCAAUUGAUCAGAUUAAAGAUGAACGGGCAGCUCUGGAGCUGGAACUAGAAUCUAUGAAAGGUCAUGUUUCAGGUAUGAAAGAGCAUCAGGAAUCAGCGGAACAGAAAAUUGCAGAGUUAAGCCACUCCCUAGAAGUCACCUUGGAAGAAAACAAGUCUCUAGCUUCUAAAGUGUCGGAACUUUCACAUGACAUUGAGAAUGCACAGAAAAAGAUUCAAGAUGUCAUUGGUGAAUCAGGAGAAAUGAGGAAAACUUUGGAUGAAAAAGAAAGGGAACUUUUGGCUCUGACAGAAGUGCAUCAAGUCCAUCAGAACGAUGCAUCAGCUCAGAUGGAAGGCCUAAAAGCACAGAUAGCAAAUCUCGAAUUGGAACUUGAAACUGUGCAAACUGAGAAAAGGGACAUAGAAGAGCUGAUAGAAACAAAAACAGUCGAAGCAAAGCAAUUGGCUGAGGAAAACAUGCAACUGAGAGCCCAAGCUGCAGAAUUUGAAGAAAUGUUGAAAGCCAGAGAAGAUGAAAUGUCGGCUCUCAAGAAGAAGCUUGAGGAUAGUGAAAAGGAGUCUCUCUCUAGGACAGAGGAUUUGACCACGCAGAUGAAGACCUUGCUUCACGAUCUGGAAUCUUUACAAGCUCAAAAAGCUGAAAUGGAGGAACAGAUUGUUUCGAAAACCGAUGAAGCAUCCACCCAACUCUCCGGGCUAUUGGGUCAGGUCAACACAUUGCAGCAAGAACUGGGAUCUCUAGGAAACCAGAAAGCUGAACUGGAGCUGCAACUUGAGAAAAAAUCUCAAGAGCUUUCAGAAAAUAUGGUUCAGACAGAAAGAUUGAAGGAGGAUUUGACAAGAAAAACUAUUGACCGAGAAAAGAUUAUGGAGGAGAAGGAGGGUUUAGCAUGUCGGGUGAAGGACCUGGACCUGGAGACAGCUACGAUACGCACCCAGAAGGAUGAAAUGGAAGAACGAAUAAGAACUAUAGAGAAGGAGAACGACCUGCUUCGAGAGGAAAAGGCAGAGUUGCAGAGAAAUGUUCUCGAGUUUCAGGAGACUCUCGAUUCUCUUCAAGGCCACAAAAGUGAAUUAGAAUUGCAGCUUGAAACCAAGACUCGAGAUUUUUCGGAUUUCUCUACUCAAAUGGAGGGCUUGAAACAGCAGCUAGCAAGUGAUAGAGAUCAUCAUCAGAAGACAACGGAAGAGAAAGACAGCAUGACAGCCCGGAUACAGGACCUCAUGCUGGAGGUGGAUUCUCUAAUCAACCACAGAGUUCAACUGGAAGAGCAGAUAAAAAGCAAAAGCAUUGAGAGUGAUCAGUUGCAAGAGGAAAAGAGAAGACUACAAGAUAGAGUUCUUGAAUUGGAGAGGAAGCUAUCAGAGAAAGAGGAUGAAUUUUCUGCUCUACGUGAAAAACUUGAACUAGGAGAAACUGAAGCUUCGGCUAAAAUGAUGGCUUUGGAGACACAGAUUAACAAUCUGAGAGAGGAUUUGGAUCUGUUGCAGAGUCAGAAAACUCAAUUGGAACUACAACUUGAAAAGGAGAGACAAGAAUCUUCAGAAAGCGUGAUGCAAAUGGAGAAUCAGAAAAGCGAAGUAGCCAAGCAGAGUGAAGAUCUGCGGAGAUUGCUUAAAGAGAAGGAGGAUGCGCACAAAAUGUCGAGUGCGGACCUCAUGCUUGAGGUGGAUUCUCUAAUCAACCACAGAAGUCAACUGGAAGAGCAGAUAAGAAGCAAAAGUGUCGAGAGUGAUCGGUUGCAAGAGGAAAAGAGAAGACUACAGGAUAGAGUUCUUGAAUUGGAGAGGAAGCUAUCAGAGAAAGAGGAUGAAUUUUCUGCUCUACGUGAAAAACUUGAACAAGGAGAAACUGAAGCUUCGGCUAAAAUGAUGGCUUUGGAGACACAGAUUAACAAUCUGAGAGAGGAUUUGGAUCUCUCGCAGAGUCAGAAAACUCAAUUGGAACUACAACUCGAAAAGGAGAGACAAGAAUCUUCAGAAAGCAUGAUGCAAAUGGAGAAUCAGAAAAGUCAAGUAGCCAAGCAGAGUGAAGAUCUACGGAGAUUGCUUCAAGAGAAGGAGGAUGCGCACAAAACGUCGAGUGCGGACCUCAUGCUUAAGGUGGAUUCUCUAAUCAACCACAGAAGUGAACUAGAAGAGCAGAUAAGAAGCAAAAGUGUCGAGAGUGAUCGGUUGCAAGAGGAAAAGAGAAGACUACAGGAUAGAGUUCUUGAAUUGGAGAGGAAGCUAUCAGAGAAAGAGGAUGAAUUUUCUGCUCUAUGUGAAAAACUAGAACAAGGAGAAACUGAAGCUUUGGCUAAAAUGAUGGCUUUGGAGACACAGAUUAACAAUCUGAGAGAGGAUUUGGAUCUCUCGCAGAAUCAGAAAACUCAAUUGGAACUACAACUUGAAAAGGAGAGACAAGAAUCUUCAGAAAGCAUGAUGCAAAUGGAGAAUCAGAAAAGUGAAGUAGCCAAGCAGAGUGAAGAUCUACGGAGAUUGCUUAAAGAGAAGGAGGAUGUGCACAAAACGUCGAGUGCGGACCUCAUGCUUGAGGUGGAUUCUCUAAUCAACCACAGAAGUCAACUGGAAGAGCAGAUAAGAAGCAAAAGUGUUGAGAGUGAUCGGUUGCAAGAGGAAAAGAGAAGACUACAGGAUAGAGUUCUUGAAUUGGAGAGGAAGCUAUCAGAGAAAGAGGAUGAAUUUUCUGCUCUACGUGAAAAACUUGAACAAGGAGAAACUGAAGCUUUGGCUAAAAUGAUGGCUUUGGAGACACAGAUUAACAAUCUGAGAGAGGAUUUGGAUCUCUCGCAGAGUCAGAAAACUCAAUUGGAACUACAACUCGAAAAGGAGAGACAAGAAUCUUCAGAAAGCAUGAUGCAAAUGGAGAAUCAGAAAAGUGAAGUAGCUAAUCAGAGUGAAGAUCUACGGAAAUUGCUUAAAGAGAAGGAGGAUGCGCACAAAACGUUGAGUGAGGAACAUACACUAGUUGGAAGCUUCUUUCAGAAGUGCAAGGAAAACCUCGAGCGGGCAGAAAGUAGGAUGAAAGAAAUGGAAGCUGAGUUCCGCUCAAAAUUCCAUUUGAGGGACCAGACAGUGGCUGAUUUGGAAGAAAUGGUUGAAGAUUUGAGAAGAGAUCAAGAUUUAAAAGAAGAAGAAAUCAGUUCCUUAACUGAGAAUGUACGAAAUAUCGAGGUUAAGCUCCGUCUCUCGAACCAGAAGCUUCGGGUCACAGAGCAAUUGCUGACUGAGAAGGAAGAGAGCUUCAGGAAAGCUGAAGCAAAAUUCCAACUAGAACAGAGAGCUCUUGAAGAAAGGAUCGCGUCCUUGUGUGAAACAAUUGCCUCAAACAAAGAAGCCUAUCAGAAAAUGAUUACAAAAGUCUCCGAAGUAGUAAACGGCAGCUUCGUUGCAUGGGAAGCUGUUGUCCAGAAAUUCGACACAGAAUUUAACAACUACGGAAACUGCAUUUUGGAAGUCUACAAUGACUUGAACACUGUGAAGAGCUGGGUAAGAGAUGCAAAUAACGCGAAACGCCGGCUAGGGAAGGAAGUUUGUGAAUUAGCGGAGCAGCUGAAGGUUAAGAAAGAAGAGGAGUUGUUCUUGAAACAUCAGGUUGAGAAGGUCAAGGCACAUGCCAGCGAGGAAGAAGCUGAAAAGGGGAAACUGACUAUAGCUCUAAACAGGAUCGAGAAGAAGGCUGAGGAACUCGAGACGACAUUGAAGGACAAGGACGAGGCGAUCUUCGGUCUCGGGGAAGAGAAGAGGGAGGCAAUCAGGCAACUCUGCAUCUGGAUCGAUUAUCAUCGCGGCCUCAAUGAUGAUCUCAAGGAAAUGCUAGCCAAGACGAGACCAGCCAGAGGCCAGAGGGCAGGCUCUUAAAACUUUUAUUCAUUUCUAUCUGCAGAUUCGUUCCGGUGUCUCAAACAUUUUUUUUUCUUGAUUGUUGAUUCCUUUUAGGCAAAGUGUGCUUGUAGAUAGAUUUUUUGGGUGAUGGUUGUUUGGACAUUUUAUAGUCAGGAUGUUGUAUAAAACUCUUGGUUGAUGCCCUUUUUACCGGUCAUCAAUUGAGCAUUUGUGUAGACAUGGAAAACUAUUACAUGAGACUCUACAAUAUUCCGGUUCACGAACCGAGAAAAUGAAUUGAUUAAUAAAACACCAAAUUAUCUGGGAAA